AAUUCUAGAUGUAUAUGUUUAAGUAAAAUAAUAACCAUUUUUAUUAUGUUUGUGUUAUGUAAUAGUUCAUAAUUCAUUUUUAGUUUGCCUUUAUAUUUCUCUUCAUUAAUUAAUAUAGAAACUUCAUCAUAAAUUUUGAAUUCCAUUCUAAAUGUAUUAGAAAUAGAAUAAUACACUAGUAAAGUUCACUUCUAUUUUUUCUAAAAAAAUAUGGUUUUAUUAAAAUACAAAUCAAAAAGAAUUAGUUAUUUUUUUAGAACAAACUAACCUUCUCAAGAUCAUUUUUAAUUGCCAAACCCAAAAAAAAGUCUGAAGUUCUUUUGUGCCAGUCAAGAAGAAGUUUAUUAGAAACUAGUAUGGAACAGAGUUACACAUAUGAAAAAGAGUUUUUUUUGGUGUAAAUAUGAAAAAGAGUUGCACAUAUGAAUUGGUCAUAUCAUUGCUUGUUAUCGGAAAAAUGCCUCAAUCAUAGCAUUACGUUCCCAUGGAGUCGAGUUAGAGUCAUCGGAACCCCUCCAUGGACUUACUCGGUACUGACGCGCAGGCCGUGAGAUACUGGGUCCUACUGCACCUCUGAGAUUGUUGACGACCUUUUUAUCCCAAACCGCUUCUCCUGUUUCUUUUCCAACAAAAGAAAGGGAAAAAAAAUUCAAUACUAAUUUCUAAGAAAUACAAAACCAAUUCAAGGGAUGAAAGAAGAAGUUUCCCAUAGUAACCAUCAACUUACUGGUAUUGCGAGAUUCGUUAUCGUAUGCUAAUCCAGCGAAGGCGAUUGUGUUCAGUGAUGCAACGAACAAGAGAAUAAUCAAAGUUAUAAGCCGAAUUAUGUACAUUUUGUUGGGCUUUUUUGCUGGUUGGUCUAUACUCUUUUAAGUUUGAUCACUUUGUAAUUUGUAUAUGUAUUUAUAUGUAGAGAACAUGCACAAAGAUUAGGUGGGUUACGUUGCUAAUUUGGAACGUAGACAAAGAAAACUAUUAAUCUAGAGCACAUUAAACGCGUUCAUUAGCAUAUUUUUAUGUUCAUGUUUGACUCUUGAGUUAUUUUUUAUGUUAGUUGAACCGGUCCAACUUCAUUUUUUCUCCUCUAUAGCAUAUAAAUAAUAUGUCUUCGUGAGAAUAUGUUGACGUAGAAACAGACCAAGACCGCAAUAUAACGAAAGGCAAAAACAAACAUUUAAUUAGAGUAACAUUAUAGAAUUUGGCGAUUCAUCAUCCUAAACUAGAAGACCAUUAUUGCACAUGCUAACAUUUAGCCCAUGGGCCAAGGUUUUAAUUACUUAUCUUGCCGCGCAAGAUGAGCGGACAUACGUUUCCGAGAUAUCCGCAGUUCGGUAAACCCUAGAAAGUUAUAAACACUAAAAACUUCUUCUUUUCACAGUAAUCUUCUCCAGAAAACUUUCUCUCUAAUGUCUUCCAAAUCCAAAUCUAGAUCUUCAGCCGCCACGAGCGGUAAAGAUCCACCGCGUGAUAAAAAGAUGAAGAAGUCAUCGCUGGCGACAGAACCUACGUCGAUAUCGAUCCUGUCACUUCCCGACGAUUUGCUGAUAAACUGCUUAGCACGCGUCUCCAGACUGUACUAUCACUUUCUCUCACGCGUCUCCAAACGUUUCCGAUCCAUCAUUGCUUCACCGGAGCUUUACGCAACUCGCUCGCGCCUAAACCGUACCGAGAAGUGUAUCUACCUUUACUUACGCUUCCCUUUUGACCCCAAAACUUAUUGGCUCACUCUAAGCGGUCUACCUUGUCGUAACGUAGCCAACGGGUCAAGUGGCUAUUACAUGGAGCAAAUCCCAUGUCCGAACUAUUUGCGUCCCGCGCAGUCGUCGACGCUCGUAUCCGUUGGAUCUGAUAUCUACAAGAUCGGCGGCGCUAAUCAUUUGCAUGAAUGCAAAAUAUGGAAGAGGAACUAUUGUGUAAGUGUCUCUGUCCUAGACUGUCGCACUCACACGUGGCGCCAGGCUCCGGGCAUGGGGAUGGCGCGCAACGCGAACGCCACAGCGACGUUAUUUGAUGGGAAGAUAUACGUAGCCGGUGGAUGUGAUGAAGAGUACGUGAGUAAACCCAACUGGAUCGAAGCGUUUGAUCUGGAGACACAAACGUGGGUCCCCGUGACGAACCCUCGUAUUUUCAGACUGUACGAGGAGGAUAGAGUUAAGGGCUUUGAAGCCAAAAGCGUAUCACUUGAAGGGAAGCUCUACAUUUUUGGGGAUGAGGCUGCGGUGUAUAAUCCCGAGGAAGGUAAAUGGUCAGAGUUAGGAAGGGAGAUGUAUGGUAUGUUUCGGGUAGAAAGAGGGUGUCAUUGCGUGAUUGACGAUGUCUUGUUCUUGUGGGAUAGAUAUAAAAGAGUGUUCAAAUGGUAUGACUCCAAGUCAUAUUUAUGGAAGGAUUUGAUUGGUGUUGAAGGUUUGCCUGAACUUUCGCCCGACCCUCAAGUCUGUCAAGUGGAGAUGGUGGAUCUCGGUGGAAAGAUUGGGUUUUUGUGGGAUCAGUAUUUGUAUACAGCGACCAAUCAGGAGUGUAGGGUUUGGUGUGCUGGGAUUGCGCUUGAGAGGCGCGAUGGAGAUGAGAUGUGGGGGAAAGUUGAGUGGUUUGAUUCUGUGCUUAGAACCCACCAGUCUUGUUCUUCGUUCCAUGUUGUUUCUGCUUCUGUUUGAUUUAUUU